GAACUUCAUAAAACGAGUAAGAAGAUCCUUGUCUGAAUUCAAUUGGCUAGAUCUUUUCCUGAAUAGGAUCAUUCACAUAUCAGUUGAGAGAGACUGGUCCUUUAUUAUAAAGAAAUAAAAAGAGCCCUUCACUAGAGCGUAUCGGACGCGGAAGUGACGACUAUUUCCAACCCGUUAUACCCUCCGUGUGGGAAUCGGUGUCGGUCAUGAAGUCCUCUCUGCUACUGAGCGUUUUUCUAAGGCAGUGUGCGGAGACUCGUACAAACUUCCGAAGCUUCUCAAGCGUUGUUCUCAAACGACAAGUGCCAUGCUCGCCGGGCCCGAGGAGGAUGCAGCCUCGCUUCGCGUCCGGGGGAUGCUCGGCCCUGAUGUUCAGAAGACACGGCGAGCCGUCUCAAGUAGUGGAGUUGGAGACCCUAGAGCUACCCUCUGUGGGCGCAAAUGAUGUUCUCGUCAGGAUGUUGGCGGCCCCAAUUAACCCGGCAGAUAUCAACAUGGUUCAAGGUACGUACGCCUUCCUCCCGGAGCUCCCUGCCGUCGGCGGCAACGAGGGGGUCGCCCAGGUCGUAGAGGUGGGAUGCCAGGUGACGACUUUGAAACCCGGAGACUGGGUUAUACCGAAAGACGCCGGUCUAGGCACGUGGCGCACAGCGGCGGUAGUGAGUGAGAAUAGUCUCAUCCAACUACCCAGUGACAUCCCUCUGCUGUCCGCUGCUACGCUCAGUGUUAACCCCUGCACCGCCCUACGCAUGCUCUCGGACUUCCAGGAGCUCCAAGCAGGGGACACCGUUAUUCAGAACGCUGCCAACAGUGGAGUUGGUCAGGCUGUAAUACAGAUCGCUGCCGCCAGGGGGCUCACUACCAUUAACAUUGUCAGAGACAGGCCACAGUUUAACCAGCUCAGUGACAGGCUGAAGGCGAUGGGCGCCAGCCAUGUGAUCACAGAGGAAGCGCUGAGACUACCACCAAUGCAGGAGCUGUUCAAGACCUGUCCCAAACCCAAGCUGGCCCUGAAUGGGGUUGGGGGCAAGAGCGCCACUGAACUUCUGCGACACUUAGAGCAUGGAGGGACCAUGGUGACGUACGGGGGGAUGUCCAAGAGGCCCGUCACCAUCCCUGUGGGCGCUCUGAUUUUUAAGGACGUGAAGGUGAGGGGCUUCUGGGUCACCAAGUGGAAGGCGAACCACGCACACGAUGAGAAGCCUUUCAUAGACAUGCUGGAUGAACUUUGCACCCUGAUCCGCCAGGGGAAGCUGACCGCCCCCGUGUGUAACCAGGUGGAGCUGGGGGAUCACCGCAGGGCUCUGGAGGCAGCCAUGGAGCCCUACGCCUCAGCAAAACAGAUCCUGAUCUUGUGACCUCAGGAACAUCUCCUUUGCCAAUCAGCUAUGCAGGAUAAGAGCUGGUUGGAGCGUUGGAAGCAGUUUAUCAGCUGCUCAAGGAUAAGACUUAGCUAAUGAGCCUUUCACAGCACAAAGUCCAGCUAUUUAUCUUCUGUCAGGGAGGUAGAGGCUAAAACUUAAAAACUCAUUAGCUAUUGUUAAUGAGGUAUAUAAAUGAUGGAAACAAUCAAUAUAAUUAUAUAUCAAUAUAAUUGUUAUAUAAUUGAUAUAUAACUGAUCAUUAAAUGGCAUUACUGGCAGUGAUUUAUCUUGGUCACGAAUAACAAUAAAGUAUUUUAUUAAUAUG